GGUGGGAAUGAAGUUUAGAAUACAGAGAUUGUGUGUGUCAGAGUAGGAAGGGAGAUCUUUCAUCUAAAGACUGCAUCUGAUGAAGUUCCCCAACAGCUAAAAGUCUGGCUGUGACCAUCAGGGACUCUCUCUGGCCGCUCUUCACACCUUUACCAGCGCUUGAUUUUCUGCAGACAGUCAAAGGCCACACUUUACAACGAGACUUUCCUCAAUGAAUGCAAAUGGAAUAAUUUAGUAAAGUGAACGCCAAAGCGAAUAAUCUCGAAAAAAAGUUGUCCAGAAAGUGACAAAAGAAGAAAAACAAGAAGGGAACAACACAGAAACAAAAAAUCCAAACAAGCCAAUUUGUCAAAAAAAAAAACCUUAACCCGUAUUUCAAGACCAUCAUUUUCUAAAAUCUUUCAACUGAGUGAAGACGUUAUUUAUUAAAAAAAAAGUGUGAUUUUUUCAUAUUUUUAUACUUUGGAUUUUUUUUUCAAUUUUUUUAUCACUGUACAGAAGAGAUUGAAUCUGCUUUUGCCCCUUUCAUUCAGUCCACUUGGACAGCAGGAAUUCCACCAUAAAAGAUGACACUGCUGGCGUCAGAACGCUCACUGCUCAUCAGGAGCAAAUUCCGCUCAGUUCUGCAACUACGAAUGCAGCACCGGCGCUCUCAAGAACAAAUGUCAGAACGAAAUGUGAUCUCAACACUCAAUAAAACAGAAUCAGCUUUCCCAGAACAAAAUGGCAACAUGGGUCAAAGCAAAACUGAAGACUUAAUGAAGUACAAAAAUCAAAACAAGCUCCACAAAGUGGCAGCUGUGAAGAUGCAUUUUUGUGAAGAUAAGCUAGUUGAAUCUGAGGAGUUUAAGGAAAAAAAGGCUCGCUUGGCUGAAGACUUGAAUGAAAAGAUUCUCCAUCGACCUGGGCCCCUAGAACUAGUCAAGAAGAACAUACUUCCAUUGGCUGCCGGUGUGAAGGAUGGAAUGAAGGAUCAGAUUCAAAUAUCCUCAUCCUCUGACACUUUCUCAUUUGAUGAUGAUAUCAGCAGCUCAUCCUCUUCCUCUACUUCAUCAUCACCUCGAUUUGCACCUUCCCCCGGCCUAUCAGUUAAUCUGUCUCCAACAUCUACCAGCCCUGUCUUCCAGCUGGAUCUUCCCCAGAUUAGUGAAGAGCGCGAGCCAAUUACUGGAACAGUAGCAGAGGUUGACAGUUUAGCCACCAAUAGGGCAACCACCCAUCAGCCAGUGCUGAUUUCAGCUGGUGUACCUAAGGUCUCAGCUAAGCCUUCUGAUAUGGGUAAGAGCCAAAGGCAGAAGAAACUAAAGGAUGCCAAACCAAAGGUGAAGAAACUCAAAUAUCACCAAUACAUUCCACCGGAUCAGAAAGUAGAUAGGUCUCCGGUUGCAAUGGAUUCUGCCUAUUCUCGUUUGCUGCAACAGCAACAGAUCUUCUUGCAACUGCAGAUCCUCAAUCAACAGCAGAACCAAACUUUCUGUGUCCAAACUGUUCAUCCGCUGACCACAAGUAUCUCAACAGAUCAUGUGAUUAGUUUCACAGGGGCAACACAAAAUGGUGCCCCCACCAUAAAUCUCUCACCUCCACCUGGAACAGCAUCUGUGACAACAGCAGCAAGCUCACCCACAACUUCACCAAACCUGAAACCAGAAGUUUUGCCAGCAAAUUUGGAUGAACUAACAGUAUCAGAACUUCGUCAACACCUGAGGAAACGAGGCCUGCCUGUUUCUGGCACAAAGCCAGCAUUAUUGGAACGCCUUAGGCCAUACCAAAUAUCUCGUACCAAGGCUAUUCCCAUUCAAAGUGCACAUUUAAUAACACCCGUCAUUGAGUUGCCUUCGUUUCCAAAUCCACCAACAUGCGACAAUACUCCAGCCACUUUAUGCACUUUUCGGACUUUGCCAUCUCCUGCUUCUUUUGAGGCUCCUCGUGAGUCAACUAAUCCAUCUUGUAGUGUUCCAGAAAAUGUUGAUAGCCCAGAGGGCAUGCAAGACAAAGACAUGCACACACAAGGCAUUAAUGAAGACCAAGUACUUUUGGAAAAGCAAAAGGUGAUUGAAAAUUUGACUUGGAAAUUACAGCAAGAACAAAAGCAGGCCGAAGAUCUUAGAGUAGAGUUGGAAAUGCAUAAGCGUUUAAAAAAACGACGCAAAAAUGAAAAAUUUUGCCCCAGGUUAUCUAUCAAAACAGAGGAAGAAAGCACAUCUUCAAAAUCCUGUUGCGCAAAAGCACAGACAGAGGAAACUAAUUUUCUAUACACUCUCAACAAUGGCAGACCAGAAUUGCAGCCACCUGUAGUGGAACCACUGAGCAACUCAAAUGAUAAUAACAGCUACAUGGUUUUCUGUCCACCUUCGUGUGAUUUGAUAGGACAGGAUUUUGAGCUUCCAAUGCAGAUCACAGCCAGUCCAGAAAGCCCAGUACAGAAGCCUCUUUCCUUUGAAGAGGAGCUUCAGGAGGCUAUACAGAAAGCUCAGAUGGCGCUCUGUCAAUCCAUUGAGGACAUAUUACAAGAUGAGCCACUAAUGUCUGCAGAUGAAUUGAUGCAUGUUGAUUCCAACAUAACUGAAAAUCUUAAAUCUGAAAUGGAACAGCAGAAUGCGAUGUCACCUGCAACUCCAACUGGGAAUUUUUCAAAGGCCUUUCAUAACUUCUCUGAAACUCAUUCACAAAUACAAGCAAUACCCACUUCAGGCAUCCUGGAAUUUCCGGUUUCCGGUCACUAUGAUUUCUUCCCUGGCCAAGACAGCCUUUCUGUUAUCUUCAGUCCUGACCAGAUGGAGAUGCCCCCUUCUCCACAGAGUGAAAACACUAUAUCACCGUCGUCUUCUGCUUCGUCUCGGGUGCCUUUUGAUCCAGCAGACUGGCUAGAAGCACUGACAUCAGGGUCAACUUCAAGUUUUGGACCUAGCAGCCCAACUAGUUCCAGCAUAUUCUCCACUGACGUUUUUGACUCUCCAGACCUAAGCAUUAACAGAAUGAUUGAUCUAAUGGUGGAACAGUGGUGAAUUCAAAAUGAAACAAAAGACAAUUGUACAAAUUUAAUAUAUCACCAAUCCUUUUAACCAGUUUUAAAGAAAGAAAAUCUUUCAUUUUAAAAGAAUAGCUGUGGGGAGAACGCUUUUGACAUAACCCAGAACAUACAUUAAAUAAGAAUAUUAUGGAAUUGUUACAUAGGCGGUGUAAACACUGUUAUGGCUGCUACAAUAUAGAUUUGGUUGGAGAGCACAUGGAUUAUUCAUUGGUACCUUAAUUUAUUGCUAAAAUUCUAAAUAUAUGUUUUCUCUCCAAAUAUGGGAAAAUCCAACUCCAAGAUGACAUCAUUUUAAAUUGAAUUGACACAUUGGAUCUCUUGAGGUGCACUUUAAUGUUAUGGUUAGAUUUAAACAAUAAUGUUAAACAUAGAAUGGAAAUGCCUUUGUCACCAAUGCCUAAUUAUUUAUUAUUUGUUUUCAAAAGUAUUUUCUUAAACCUCUUUAUUCUCUGCAUAUUACCUAUGCAUUAUGUCGUUUUUCUCCAAGGUAUAUGAUGUCAUAGAAAGGAGCUGUUUAGACUUUCAGUGCAUGAACAUUCAUGUAUACGUUUAGCCUAUGCACUUUUCCAUUGGUUCCAUAGGUAUAUUGUUUCUAAAGCUGGAAUAUCAGCUCUGGGCUGUGGUUUAUUUUAAUGUGCAAAAAAAAAACAAAUUUAUUCAUAUACUGCAAAAGAGCUAAAUUUUUUUUUCCAUUUUGGCAAUACAUACAAAAUCUGGUGUCAAAAUACCUUAUGACCAAAUAUUAUGGUUUAUAAUAUAUAUACAAUCAACUAUUCUUAGGGCUCUAUCUGGAAAAUAUCUGUUUUGUAUAAUUUUAUAUGGCAAUUAUUAUUUAUUUAAUAGAAUGCUAGUACAUAGUAAUAAUAAAAUAUCAACAGAAAAAUAAACGCAAGAUGUAGAUGUAAUAUAAUGCAAUGUGUCAUUCCAACUGUUGGUUGGAUAUGACCCUGAAUGUCUUUCCUGCAGCCUACAGUCUAUGUAAUACAUUGAUGUCUUAAUAGGUUUCAAAUCAGAUUCACAUGGAGACAAACAUGACCAGAGAUGUCGAAUACGCCACAAAUUUUCAUAAUGUGAAAAUGUAGAUUUGACAGCGCUAGUGGAAAAUACAACACAAUACAUCCAUAAUGCACUUUUGAUGGAUUCUACUAAAAGAAGAAAGUGUGGUAAAACUGCAUUAAAUUCAGUAGCUGCUUUAUAACCUGUUGCUCUCAGACUCACAUUUAUGUAGCGAGUAUGUCAAAAAUACAUAUUUAUAAUAAUGUUAACAAGGAUAUUAAUAUAUGGGUAACAUUAUCAUAUUUAAUGUCAGAAGUAUGUUCUGUCUGUAAAAUGAAAAUAGAUUGAUAAUUGCAUUACUGUAUUUAACUAUACCCCUAUCAAAUGGUUGUUUAUGGAUGUGAUUGCUACCAGCCCCCUAGGCCAUCUUUCUCUUAAGCCCCUAAUAAAGUUGAUCUUGAGAAUCACAAAAAAUAAUUUACAUCUUUUCAAA